AUGAACGGCGAUAUACAGACCAAGAAACGGAAAUGGGAGAGUGAUGAGCGUGUUGGCUCCGCUGCCACUGGCUUUUUUGAGGCAUUGGUUGAGGCUGGAGUCAAGUACUGCUUUGUGAAUUUGGGGAGUGAUCAUCCGGCUAUGCUCGAGGCCAUGAUCAAAGCGAAACAGGAAAACUCGACCAAAUUCCCUACGAUCAUCACCUGUCCUUCGGAACUGGUCGCUUUAUCGGCGGCCUUGGGUUACGCUCAAGUAACCGGAUCUCCACAAUGUGUCAUUGUACAUGUCGACUGCGGAACCCUCGCCAUGGGCCAAUCCAUCCACAAUGCCUCCGUCACGCGAGUACCAGUCCUGUGUUUCGCAGGAUUGAGUCCUUUCACUGACAGCGGGGAGAUGCUCGGUUCGAGAACAGAAUUCAUCCACUGGCUGCAAGAUGUCCCCGACCAGGCAUCCAUCGUGCGACAGUACUGCCGUUAUUCAGGAGAGAUCCGUACUGGCCGCAACAUCAAGCAGAUGGUAUAUCGGGCUAUGCAGUUUGCUACGUCCGAUCCGAAGGGUCCGGCAUACCUUACUGCAGCACGAGAAGUGUUAGAGGAGCAAGUGGAAAUCCCUGACUUUGGGAACGAACUCAUGGGCCCCGUCACCCCUUGCGCAUUGCCUGAACCCGAAGUCGAGCGCAUCGCCGCCGCUCUGCUGGACGCGAAACGACCGUUGAUCGUCACGGGCUAUAUGGGCCGGAAUCCACGGACGCCGCCGCUCCUGGCAGAAUUAUGCGACAAGCUGCCCAUCAGCGUUGUUGAAACUGUCGGCUCGGACGUGAGUAUUCGCAGCGAUCACGAGGCAUACCUUGGUGUGACGGUCAGCACGCACCCGGCUGUGUGCGAGGCGGAUGUCAUCCUGGUGAUGGACUGUGACGUGCCUUGGGUUCCGACGGCAGGCAAGCCUGCAGAGGGAACAAAGGUAUUCCAUCUCGACGUAGAUCCGUUGAAGCAACAGAUGCCAGUCUUCUUCAUGAAAGCCAUCCGGCGAUACAAGGUCAGCUGCGAGCUCGCCCUGCAACAGCUCAACGCCUACCUGGACAAGCAAUCUCUCGACAGAGCCAAAUACGCCGAGGCAUUCGACGCACGCGCGGCACGCUACAAGCAAUGGAGACAGAGCCUACGCGACCUUGAAGUUCCUUCACCGGAGGGCAUCGUGACGGUUCCAUACCUGUCAUCCAGACUACGGCAGCAUCUACCGGAAGACGGUGUUAUUGUUAUCGAAGCGGUCACCAACGCCAUUCCGGUCAUCCAUCAUUUGAAUCUUACCAAGCCCGGAACGCUCUACGGCAGCGGUGCAGGCGGCCUCGGCUGGGGCGGUGGUGCAGCACUCGGAGUCAAAAUGGCAAAACGAGAUUCUUUCAUCUGCGCGAUCGUCGGAGACGGCACGUACCUCUUCUCGCAGAUGGAAUCCGUGUACUGGAUCGCCCGGCGAUAUAACGUUCCUUUCCUCCUGAUUGUGCUGAAUAAUAGCGGCUGGAACGCACCUAAGGUGUCUACCUUGCUCGUCCACAAGGAUGGACUAUCGUCCAAGUCGAAUAGAGCGGACUUGAAUUUGUCGUUCGAGCCGUCGCCGGAUUACCCUGGGAUUGCGGCUGCGGCCGGCAACGCGUGGGGAGCGACGGUCACCAAGACGGACGAGGUUGAUUCUACCCUGCAGAGUGCGGUGGAGGUUGUUCGGGGGGGUCGAUGUGCGGUUGUUGAAGUUCGUUUCAAACCCUUUCAGUGCAAGAGGAGCGAAAUGCCCCAAAAGAAAAAGCGAGUAGCUAUUGUUGGCGCUGGGGCCGCAGGAAUGUCCUGCGCCUCUGCUCUCGCCAACCAUCCCGAUCGCUUCGACGUGACCGUCUUCGAUAUUGCCUCCUACACAGGCGGCCAAGCCACCUCCAUCUCCCUCGACGAAUCCCGCUACGGCGCCGACUGGCUCAACGAUGGCGUGCAGGGGGGCUCCCCGAUCUUCCGACACACCUUCAACUUCUUCCGUCGGUACAGUUACGAGCCUCACGCGGUGAAACUGCAAGUCGCGUUCGGCAAGGGCGUUGAGGACUUCUUCACGAAUGUCUUUCCCUCGCCGCUGGUCGACCAGCUCUCCGACGAGAUCAAGAAAUUGGGCCGCGUGCUCAAGUGGAUCAAGCGGCUGCUUCCGAUCCUGGGGAUCAUGCCUAUCAAGAUGAUAAUGAAGCUGUUCCGGUUCAGCGAUGACUUUUCGAAUAAGAUGGUCAUCCCGAUCAUGGCGCUCUUCCUGGGAACGGGGAACCAAACCCCGAAUGUGUCCGCCGCACUGCUGGAGAGACUGUUCGACGAUCCAAACAUGAGGCUAUGGGAGUACGACCCGGAUACAUUACUCCCCAAUCAACCGACCAUGUACACAUUCCCCAAACUCGGCGACUUCUACCGCGACUGGGCUGCAGACCUCGAGUCCAAAGGCGUGCACCUCCGUCUCAACACCCGAGUCAAAAUACUGCAACGAGACAACCACGGCAUCAAAUUACGUCCACAACCCGCCCACUCGGACCACGCAAACGCGCAAGCAGAACUAGACGACUUCUGCGAGAUGUACGACGAACUCAUCCUCUCCCUCCCCGCGGACGAAGCCAAGGCCCUACUAGGCAAACACGCCACCUGGCGCGAGAGGUACGUCCUCGGCGGCGUGUCCUUCUACAACGACCUCACCAUCACCCACUCCGACAGCGAGUACUUCAACAGCAUCUUCGAGACGCGGUUCAAGGGCGAUCUCUGCGCCAAGGGCUCCUCGGACUCACGACAGGAGCAGAUUGCGUUCGCGAAAAGGCAGCCGCCGACGUGCAGAAAGGACGGAUGGGAGGGGUUCGCGCCGAUGUACUUCACCCACUCCUUCGGCAACGCGCCGCAGUGCAUCGAGAUGGGGUUCGACUGCUCCCACUACCAGCAUCAGUUCCGGGCGAGCGUCGGGGAGGACAAUACCUCGCUGGAGCCGGAGCGGCACGUCUACCAGACGAUCUACCUCAACGAUCAGCAGAAGCACCUGUGGACGUGGGAGAGCGUCGACCCGGACAAGAUCAUCGCGAAGAAGUGGUGGCAUCAGUUUGGGCAUCGGUGGCAGCAUUACCUGCGUGUUGUCCCUGGGAUGAUGUUCAUUAACGGGAAGAAUCGGACGACGUACGCGGGGUCUUGGACUAUGGUGAAUAUGCAUGAGAUUGCGUGCAUCUCCGGUCUAGCAGCUGCGUAUCGCCUUGGAGCCGCGUACGAGCCGUUUGAUGACUUUGCGGAGGAUCUGUUCUCGAAAUACUUGCUUGUUUCGCAUGGGGUGCGGUAUAAACGAAGACAGUGA